UUUGCGCUCUCAUAAACACUAACAGGAAAAGUUUUGUACAAGGCCACAAGUGAAUAUUCCACAUUACCAAAAUUUGAGCUCUUGCGAUAAAAUUUUCCCAUCAUACCAUACAGACCGGAAUCAUCCAAACUUCCCUCCCACUCCCCAAAUCAGCCACGCACAAAUUCUCUGCACCACACAACCCUAUGCUAUGCUACCCCCUCGACUAAACCCCACAUUCUCAACCUCGGGACUCGGAUUCCUCCCUCGCUCUCACUCAUGUACCGGCCUUCCCGCGCUGCUGAAUCAUAAAGCGGGGUUGACGAUCGCGCGGGGUAGAUUUGGGGGUUUGCGGAAUGGUAUUGGUGUUGGUGUUGAUAGUGGUAGUGGUAGUGACAAUGGGCUGGGGAGAAACGCACGCAUAGAGACGCAGAUGCAGAUACGCAGCGCUUCGUCUUCGUCUUCGUCUUCGUCAACGAGAUGGAAAAGUAGACAGGGAAAGGAUGCGUGGGCGAGGGAGGCAAAGGUGAAGGGGUUGAGGAGUAGAGCGGCGUUUAAAUUGUUGGAGAUUGAUACAAAGUAUAAGAUUUUUAAGAGGGGACAAACGGUUGUGGAUCUAGGAUAUGCGCCGGGUAGUUGGUCUCAGGUAGCAUACACGCGCACACAACCCCACGGCCGCAUCCUCGGCAUCGACAUCAUCCCCGCGCAGCCUCCCGCAGGCGUCUCCACCAUCCAAGGAAACUUCCUCUCUCGCCGCGUCCAACAAUCCGUCAAGAAUUUUCUUCUCGACCCCGAGCGUGGUCGUCCACGCAGACCAAUUAUAUCCUCCGACGAAAAGGACGAAGAUGAAGAGAUCGACGAUCUGGAUGUCGCGGCGGAAGAACAGAGUUAUAUUGAUUUGGAACGACAUAUGGAUGAUGAUAUGAAUACCUAUCCUACGAGCUCCGCAGCCGCGCCAGAAGAAGCACAAGAAGAAGACCGCGAACCCGCAAGAGACGCCACGAAAAUGGUCCACGUAGUGCUAAGUGACAUGUGCGCCCCCUGGGAGCAAACCACCGGUUUCUGGAAGAGAAGUCUGAGUGACCCGUAUAAUAGGAUGAUGAACACGACCGGUAUCAAGUUUUCCGAUCAUGCGGGGAGUAUGGAUCUCUGCAACGCGGCCCUACACUUUGCCUUCGAUACGCUGAGACCUGGGGGACAUUUCGUGUGUAAAUUCUAUCAGGGAGCGGAGGAUAAAGAGCUGGAGUUGAAGCUGAGGAAAAUGUUUGCCAUGGUGCACAGAGAGAAGCCGGAAUCGUCGAGGAGUGAAUCAAAGGAGGCAUACUUUGUAGCCCUUCGGCGGAAUGGGUACAGGGAUGCUGCAAGUUUAGGUUUUGUCAAUGAUGUGUGAGAUAGAAAUGAGUGUGAAUAUAAAUUGUAUAAUAGCACGUUCAACUUGUAUGAAAAAAUAUUUCGGUGA